UGAAGUGCCAUCAUGAGUACGGAUGCAGAGAUGUCGGCCUUCGGGCCAGCAUCCGUUUUCCUCCGGAAGCCUGAGAAGGAGAGAAUUGAGGCCCAGAACACACCCUUUGAUGCUAAAACAGCCUACUUUGUGGCUGAGCCCAAGGAGAUGUACCUCAAGGGGAAACUCGUUAGCAGAGAGGGGGGCAAAGCCACCGUUGAAACUCUGGAAGGGCAUCAAAAAAUAACAGUCAAGGAGGAUGACAUCCACCCAAUGAAUCCUCCCAAAUACGACAAGAUUGAGGACAUGGCCAUGAUGACCCACCUCAAUGAGCCCUGUGUGCUGUAUAACCUCAAAGAGCGCUAUGCAGCAUGGAUGAUCUACACCUACUCUGGGCUGUUCUGCGUCACUGUGAAUCCCUACAAGUGGCUCCCAGUGUACGAUGCUGUUGUUGUGUCAGCAUAUAGAGGCAAAAAGAGAAUUGAGGCCCCACCCCACAUCUUCUCCAUCUCUGACAAUGCCUAUCAGUUCAUGCUCACUGAUCGUGAGAACCAGUCAGUCCUGAUUACUGGAGAAUCCGGUGCAGGGAAGACUGUGAACACAAAACGUGUCAUCCAGUACUUUGCGACAGUUGCAGUGGCUGGAGGAAAGAAAGCUGAGCAAUCUGCUAGCAAAAUGCAGGGAUCACUGGAGGAUCAAAUCAUUGCAGCAAACCCCCUGCUGGAGGCUUAUGGUAAUGCCAAGACCGUGAGGAAUGACAACUCCUCCCGUUUUGGAAAGUUCAUCAGAAUCCACUUUGGGACAACAGGAAAACUGUCUUCUGCUGAUAUUGAAACCUAUUUGCUGGAAAAGUCAAGAGUAACAUUCCAGCUGUCAGCUGAGCGCAGCUACCACAUCUUCUACCAGCUUAUGACAGGCCACAAACCUGAACUGCUAGAGGGUCUUCUCAUUACCACCAACCCAUAUGAUUACCCCAUGAUCAGCCAAGGUGAAAUCACUGUCAAAAGUAUUAAUGACGUGGAGGAGUUCAUUGCCACAGAUACUGCCAUUGAUAUCUUGGGCUUCAAUGCUGAUGAGAAGUUGGGCAUCUACAAGCUGACUGGUGCUUGUUUGCAUCACGGGAACAUGAAGUUUAAGCAAAAACAGCGCGAGGAGCAGGCUGAACCUGAUGGCACUGAGGUGGCUGAUAAGAUUGCUUACCUCAUGGGCCUGAACUCAGCUGAUGUGCUGAAAGCUCUGUGCUACCCCAGAGUGAAGGUCGGAAAUGAGUUUGUGACCAAGGGGCAGACUGUUCCACAGGUCAACAAUUCUGUUUCUGCUCUGUGCAAAUCUGUCUAUGAGAAAAUGUUCUUGUGGAUGGUCAUCCGUAUCAAUGAGAUGUUGGACACAAAGCAGCCAAGACAGUUCUUCAUUGGUGUCCUGGAUAUUGCUGGAUUUGAAAUCUUUGACUUCAACAGCUUGGAGCAGCUGUGUAUCAACUUCACCAAUGAGAAACUGCAACAGUUUUUCAACCACCACAUGUUUGUGCUGGAACAAGAAGAGUACAAGAAAGAGGGAAUUGAUUGGGAGUUCAUUGAUUUCGGUAUGGACUUGGCUGCCUGCAUUGAGCUUAUUGAGAAGCCAAUGGGCAUCUUCUCCAUCCUUGAAGAGGAGUGCAUGUUCCCCAAGGCUUCUGACACAACCUUCAAGAGCAAGCUCUAUGACCAACAUCUGGGCAAAAACAACGCGUUCCAGAAGCCCAAACCUGCCAAAGGAAAGGCUGAGGCCCACUUCUCCCUGGUGCACUAUGCUGGCACUGUGGACUACAACAUCAGCGGCUGGCUGGACAAGAACAAGGACCCUCUGAACGACUCUGUGGUCCAGCUGUACCAGAAGUCUUCAGUCAAACUGCUGUGUCUCCUGUAUGCAACCCACGCAGGAUCUGAUGAUACAAAGGGCAAAAAGGCUGGCAAGAAGAAGGGUGGCUCCUUCCAGACUGUGUCUGCUCUCUUCAGGGAGAACUUGGGCAAGCUGAUGACCAACCUGAGGAGCACACAUCCUCACUUUGUGCGUUGCUUGAUUCCUAAUGAAUCAAAGACACCUGGUCUGAUGGAGAACUUCUUGGUUAUCCACCAGCUGAGGUGUAAUGGUGUGCUGGAAGGCAUCAGAAUCUGCAGAAAGGGCUUCCCCAGCAGAAUCAUCUAUGGUGACUUCAAGCAGAGAUACAAGGUAUUGAAUGCCAGUGUCAUCCCUGAGGGACAGUUCAUUGACAACAAGAAAGCUUCUGAGAAGCUCCUGGGGUCCAUUGAUGUGGACCACACUCAGUACAAGUUUGGCCACACCAAGGUGUUCUUCAAAGCUGGCCUGCUGGGUACCCUGGAGGAGAUGCGUGAUGAGAAACUGGCAACGCUGGUGACCAUGACUCAGGCCCUCUGCCGUGGCUACCUCAUGAGAAGAGAGUUCGUCAAAAUGAUGGAAAGGAGAGAGUCCAUUUACUCCAUCCAAUACAACAUCCGCUCAUUCAUGAAUGUGAAACACUGGCCAUGGAUGAAGCUCUACUUCAAGAUCAAGCCACUUCUCAAGAGUGCUGAAGCUGAGAAGGAGAUGUCCAACAUGAAGGAAGAGUUCACUAAGUGCAAAGAGGAUCUGGCAAAGGCAUUAGCCAAGAAGAAGGAGCUUGAGGAGAAAAUGGUCUCUCUGCUGCAGGAAAAGAAUGACCUGCAGUUGGCUGUCGCAUCUGAAAGUGAGGGCCUUGCUGAUGCUGAGGAAAGAUGUGAGGGACUCAUCAAAGCGAAGAUCCAGUUUGAAGCAAAACUCAAAGAGACAAAUGAGAGACUGGAGGAUGAGGAGGAAAGCAAUGCUGAGCUCACGGCCAAGAAGAGGAAACUGGAGGAUGAAUGCUCUGAGCUGAAGAAAGACAUUGAUGACUUAGAGCUCACCUUGGCCAAAGUGGAGAAGGAGAAACAUGCCACAGAAAACAAGGUGAAGAACCUGACUGAAGAGAUGGCCUCUCAGGAUGAGACUAUUGCCAAGUUGACAAAAGAGAAGAAGGCCCUCCAAGAGGCACACCAGCAGACCCUGGAUGAUCUCCAGGCAGAGGAGGACAAAGUCAACACUCUGACCAAAGCAAAGACCAAGCUUGAGCAGCAAGUGGAUGAUCUGGAAGGAUCUCUGGAACAGGAGAAGAAGCUUCGCAUGGACCUUGAGAGAGCCAAGAGAAAGCUUGAAGGUGAUCUGAAACUGGCGCAGGAAUCCAUAAUGGAUCUGGAGAAUGACAAGCAGCAGUCAGAUGAAAAGAUCAAGAAGAAGGACUUUGAGACGAGCCAGCUUCUCAGCAAGAUUGAGGAUGAACAAACUUUGGGUGCUCAGCUUCAGAAAAAGAUUAAAGAACUCCAGGCUCGUAUUGAGGAGUUGGAGGAAGAAAUCGAGGCUGAGCGUGCUGCUCGGGCCAAGGUUGAGAAGCAGAGGGCUGAUCUCUCCAGGGAACUUGAGGAGAUCAGUGAGAGGCUAGAAGAAGCAGGUGGUGCCACAUCUGCUCAGAUUGAGAUGAACAAGAAGCGUGAAGCUGAGUUCCAGAAGCUGCGCCGUGAUCUUGAAGAGUCCACCCUGCAACAUGAAGCCACCGCUGCCGCCCUCCGCAAGAAGCAGGCCGACAGCGUGGCAGAGCUGGGAGAACAAAUCGACAAUCUUCAGCGCGUCAAGCAGAAACUGGAGAAGGAGAAGAGUGAAUACAAAAUGGAGAUUGAUGACCUCUCCAGUAACAUGGAGUCUGUUGCUAAAUCAAAGGGCAACCUUGAGAAAAUGUGCCGUACCCUUGAAGAUCAACUGAGUGAACUGAAAACCAAGAGUGAUGAGCAUUUACGCCAGCUGAAUGACACAAGCGCACACAAAGCAAGACUUCAUACUGAAAAUGGUGAAUUGAGUCGCCAGUUAGAGGAGAAGGAAGCUCUUGUUUCCCAGCUGACAAGAAGCAAACAAGCCUACACACAGCAGAUUGAGGAGCUCAAGAGGCACAUUGAAGAGGAGGUCAAGGCCAAGAACGCCCUGGCCCACGGUUUGCAGUCAGCCCGCCAUGACUGUGACAUGCUGAGGGAGCAGUAUGAGGAGGAGCAGGAGGCCAAGGCUGAGCUGCAGCGUGGAAUGUCCAAGGCCAACAGUGAGGUGGCUCAGUGGAGAUCCAAAUAUGAGACUGAUGCCAUCCAGCGCACUGAGGAGCUGGAGGAGGCCAAGAAGAAGCUUGCACAGCGUCUGCAGGAGGCAGAAGAGUCCAUUGAGGCUGUCAACUCCAAGUGUGCCUCUCUGGAGAAGACCAAGCAGAGGCUGCAGGGUGAAGUGGAGGAUCUCAUGAUUGAUGUGGAGAGAGCAAAUGCCCUGGCUGCCAACCUUGACAAGAAACAGAGGAACUUCGAUAAGGUUCUGGCCGAAUGGAAACAGAAGUUUGAGGAAGGUCAGGCCGAGUUGGAGGGAGCACUGAAAGAGGCCCGUUCUCUUAGCACUGAGCUCUUCAAGAUGAAGAACUCCUAUGAAGAGGCUCUGGACCAACUGGAGACACUGAAGAGAGAGAACAAGAAUCUGCAGCAGGAGAUUUCCGACCUGACUGAGCAAAUCGGAGAGACUGGAAAGACCGUUCAUGAGCUGGAGAAGGCAAAGAAGACUGUGGAGAGUGAGAAAGCAGAAAUCCAGACAGCCUUAGAAGAGGCAGAGGGAACGCUGGAGCAUGAGGAGUCCAAGAUUCUCAGGAUACAGCUGGAGCUCAAUCAGGUCAAGGGUGAAAUUGACAGGAAGUUAGCGGAGAAGGAUGAGGAGAUGGAACAGAUCAAGAGGAACAGCCAGAGGGUGAUUGAGUCUAUGCAGACCACCCUUGAUGCUGAGGUGAGGAGCAGGAAUGAUGCUCUGAGAGUCAAGAAGAAGAUGGAGGGAGACCUCAAUGAGAUGGAGAUUCAGCUGAGCCAUGCCAACCGCCAGGCAGCUGAAGCCCAGAAGCAACUGAGGAAUGUCCAAGGACAGCUCAAGGAUGCCCAACUGCACCUUGAUGAUGCGAUCAGAGGACAGGAGGACAUGAAGGAACAGGUUGCCAUGGUGGAGCGCAGGAACAACCUGAUGCUGGCUGAGAUUGAAGAACUGAGGGCUGCCCUGGAACAGACAGAGAGGGGCCGCAAAGUGGCCGAGCAGGAGCUGGUCGAUGCAAGCGAGCGCGUGGGACUGCUGCACUCCCAAAAUACCAGCCUUAUGAACACCAAGAAGAAGCUGGAAGCUGACCUUGUCCAGGUUCAAGGUGAAGUUGAUGACACCAUCCAGGAAGCAAGAAAUGCUGAGGAGAAAGCCAAGAAGGCCAUCACAGAUGCUGCCAUGAUGGCAGAGGAGCUGAAGAAGGAGCAGGACACCAGCGCUCAUCUGGAGAGGAUGAAGAAGAACCUGGAGGUCACUGUCAAGGACCUGCAGCACCGUCUGGAUGAGGCUGAGAAUCUGGCCAUGAAGGGCGGAAAGAAACAGCUCCAGAAACUGGAAUCCAGGGUGCGCGAGCUGGAAGGUGAAGUUGAGGCUGAACAGAGACGUGGAGCCGAUGCCGUCAAAGGUGUCCGUAAAUAUGAGAGGAGAGUCAAGGAGCUCACCUACCAGACUGAGGAGGACAAGAAGAACGUCCACAGACUGCAGGACCUGGUGGACAAACUGCAGCUCAAAGUGAAGUCCUACAAGAGGCAGGCUGAGGAAUCCGAGGAACAAGCCAACACCCACCUGUCCAGGUACAGGAAGGUGCAGCACGAGAUGGAAGAAGCUGUGGAGCGUGCCGACAUCGCUGAGUCCCAGGUCAACAAGCUGAGAGCCAAGAGCCGUGACGCUGGCAAGGUAGGUUACCACUGGGGUUACAAUUUGGGGUUACAAUUUAUUUAAAUGAGUUACUGCAUAUGAAUACCACUCUCAAUUUACAGAGUGUAUAUGAUGAGAGGAUAAUGGGUUUUUAAUAUUCAAUUUCAUUUUAGGGGAAAGAAACCGCAGAAUAAGGGAGGCAACCUAGAUGAGACGGAGUAACAAGCUCUCAUACAAUAUGAACUUCUUGCAAAAUGUUGUCAUGUAAGCCGUCAGUCAAUAAAGGUAGCUCGCCUUA